CGCUGCCGCCGCCAUAUUCAAGGUCAGUAGCAUCGCGAGCGCCGUCGAGAGAAGCAGCUGCUGCUGCUCCCUCAGUGUUCGGUCAGCUGCCACGGGAGGAGCGGCCCGCGCCGUCCCGUCCAUGCAGCGGGCUGGGCGGAGACCAGAUGCUGACCAACCCGCGCCGUGCUGGCCUGCACCGUCCUUCCGGCGCGCAUGCGGGGGCGGUGCCUGCCCGGACUUGGAGCCGCUGCCCACGCCGUACUUCAGAGAGCUCCGAGAAGCGGCUCCCGCUGCAACAGAUCUGCGGUGGAGGGUCCAGAGCGGGCCCUGUUGCAGGGUGGAGGCGACAGCGACGGCUCUGCGGGCCAGAAGAACACCAACCGGCCGAGAAAACUGGAAUGAAGAGAAGCUGUGAUGCAGGAACAUCUAGCGUAAAGCUGAGAUCGGCCGGAUGUGGAUCCCUGUGUUGUCCCACAAGUGGCUGGAAUCUCAAGUCUCUCAAUGUCUUCUGCCUGUCUUCGCUUUCCAACCCCACCGGUCCUCCAGAGCGCACCACGUGUACGGUUGACUUGCAGCGCCAGUGGAUUUCCCAGAUUGUGGAAGAGGUGCAGAAGGUUGUCCACCACCUGACCACAGAAAUCAGCCACCAAGACAUACGAUUUCAAGCCAUCCCUUACUCUGACACAUACAGUGAGAACAUUAAGGUUUUGGCCCCCAGCCAGUUCCUCAUCACAGUCCCAGUGAAAGGUCUGGCCUGGGAGUGGCGCUGGCGGCACUACACCCUGCAGGGUGCCAGGCUCUCCUGCCCCCUUAGGGACCCCGAGGGCCUGCAGCAGUGGCUGCAGGUGGAGCAGUUUAUGAGGAGCCUAUGGCAGUGGCACCAGGCAGACGUGAACAUCAAGGGGGAUAUUGUGCCCACUAAGGUCCUCCACGUGUUCCAGAAGCUGGUUGAUGAUGUGAUUGGAAUCUGUCACCUCUCGGUACGCAGAGUGAGCCGGCAGCGAGGGGCAGAGGCGGGGGGUGUGGGCCAGGAAGGCUGGUUCCGGCAGGGGCCCUUGUCUUCACUUCGCAACACUGUUAAUAGUGAAAGUGCAAAUAAGAGAUUCAAACCCGGCCAGGUGGAUGAGGUGCUGCCAUCGUUCGGGUUUGCCUUGCUGGGUUCCAGUUACCACUGACAGCUGAGCUUCCUGCGGGCCGAGCAGGUGCUGCUGGAGCAGCUGGAUGAGGACGGGGGCUGCCGCAGGAGAUGUUUUCAGGCCAUGAGGCAGAUGACGGAGGAUGUCUGAUGUCCAGGGAAGAGGCCUGUUAUCACAUCCCACCAUCUGCAGACAGUGCUCUUUUGGACUUGUGAGAAAUAUCCCCGCUUGAAGGACUGGCAGAUCUUCAACAAAGCAUUCCUGUGCCUGGUGAGGAAGCUGCACAAAUGUGUGAGCCAGCACUUUCUGAAACACUAUUUCGUGCGAAAGAGCAACCUCCUCCCAUAUGCCAACUCAGGUGAGUUGGAUGCUGUGGCCCAGAAACUGGCCUCCUUCCUGAAGAACCCCCACAUCAGCCUGCCCUUAGGCUCCCCUGCCCAGAACUCUCUUGGACAUUUCAUUCUGGUUUGACCUGUUCAUUCUCUGUGGAUUGUUCCUAGGCAGAUGCCAGGGUCCUGCCUAGGAGAAAAGCAACAUGCAGCAGGGGAAAUUACAUCCACACAGUGAUACUUAAGGGAGGAAAACUGUGCUUCAAGAUGUCUGAAUCAGGCCUCCCUGGAGCCAAGCAAGCAUCUCUAGCUACCUCUUUUGGGGACGGCUCUCAUCAAGCCCCUGCAAGCCAUAGAUUCUGAACCGAUGACAGCUCUGAAUUUAUUUUCCUUUGCUCAGGCUCUGAUUGUUUGAAUGGGAGGUUGGAGACAAGAACCCUUUGAACAAACAGUAAAAUGGACAAGGGCUUACCUGAUAGGGAUGACUCCCAAAACAGAUAAAUAGACAGGAUUAUUACAAAUUGUAGCAAGUGCCCUGAAGGAACAGAAUACUGAAAUAGAGCCACAGAUCCUUGAAGGCUGAAAAUGCAAGCAGCUGAAGGGGAAGGAAAAGGGGCCAAGGGCAGACUUGGAGGGGCUGGCAUGAGUCAGAUCACUUGGCUUUGUAAAGCUGGUAAGGAAUUUGCAUUUUAUUCUAAAAUCAAACGUGUGACAUUUGGCCUCUUCUGGAGCAGAAGGGUAUCAUGAUCUGAUUUGCAUUUUAAGUGCCUGUUCUAGUGGCUGCAUAAAAGGGGCUUGGGGAUCCACCUAAGAGCAUGAAGGCCCUUUUGGGCUCAUGCAUUUAGAAUUUCACUGGGACCUCAGUGCCAUACACCCAGUGCAGUAUAUUAGCCAGGAAUUCUAGAUUUCUUAGGGAGAUCAAUAGUUUAUUCUGGCACUUACUUAUGCUUCUCAACUCAAAGGAAUCCUUUAUUAGAACAUGUUCCCCCAAAACAUAACAGUGAAAUUCCCAAAAGCAUGAACUGAUUUUUUUUUUUCAAGAAAAGUCACAUUUAAAAAUAAAAACAAUUACUUUUUCAAAAAUACUGUAACCACAUGAUGGAGCCCCUGGUCUGUCACAUAGGAAAUCAUCAUUUCAAAAUGUUGGGAAAAACAUCCUUCCAAACAUACAGUAAAUUUAUAAUUUUUGAAAACAUGAAAUGAUAAGCAAACCAGUGUUUUGUUAAGUCAUCAAGCUUGCAUUCAAAUUGUCAUAUUCUUGGAUUUUGAGAAAAAUCAUUUUUAAGAAGGUGGUAGAUACAUAAGCGUUAUUUUUUUUUAAUGAUGAAACAGCUGAAGCGAGUUUUAAAACAGAUGUACAGUCACGGAAUGCCAAAAAUAGUGAAAGCUGACUGCACCGUUGAUUUGAAAUGUGUGUAUGUAUAUGAGAGGAGUGAGACUGACACACUCCACAGUCUGAUUCCCAGUAAAUUCUUCCCACCAUUCCCUGUAGAGCUGUGGCUUUCAGGGAAGUGGGGCCACCUGCCAGAUGGCCGAGUGUUCCUACUUGCUGGCCAGCAGAGGGCAGUGAGAGACUGCGUGUCAGAAGAGCCAGGGUCUCACCCACACUCCUCAGAGCCCAGCAGGUGUCACCCUCCUCGGACCUUAACUUCAACAGGGAACCAGGGACAGUGGGUUUCAGCUGACGUUAAACUGUUGACUUUUCCUGCCAUUUUGGCUAACCAUCACAGUCUUUCUGCCUAACGCUCAGAUUUAAAAAGGGAGCCCAUGAAAGAUAGUUCAUCCAUUCUAUUUCCCGAGACAGAUUCCACAGCUCUGAAAAACUUGGUAAUGUUACUCCUUUGUUCUGAUUGGCUUUUUGGUUUUUCCUCUUCUCCAUUCAUCUCCAGUCUUCCAGGCACAGGACUGUUUCAUGGUGGGAUGGCUGGUGCUCAGCUGCCACCUGGGGUGACAGCAUUUGCGCCCCAGCUCUGACACUAACUGCAGGCCUGCAGGGUCUGUUCACCCUCUCUCCAUCUCCAUUUUCUUGUGGGCAUUGUGGUGGGCUGAAUUGUGCCCUCACAAAAUUCAUACUUUGAAGCCCUCACCCCCAGUACCUCAGAAUGUGACUGUUUUUGGAGAUAGUGCCCUUAAAGAGGUAAUUAAGUUAAAAUGCAGCCAUUAGGGAACUGCCUUCCCUAAUCAGAUAGACUGAUGAUGUUCUUAGAAGAGGAAGACACCAUGGUCAAGGGUGCAAAGAGAAGAGGCUGUCUGCAAGCCCAGGAGAGAGGCCUCAGCAGAAACCAAUACUGUGGGCACCUUGAUCUUGGCCUUUCAGCCUCCCAAACUGUGAGAAAAUAUUUGUCUGUUGUUUAAGCCAUGUAGUCUGUGGUAUUUUGUUAUGGCAUCCCUGGAAAACUUACACAGGCAUCAUAAGAGCAUAUAUACCUCACCACUUUGGUUAAGGGAAUAAAUGGAAUAAUGGAUAUAAAAACUCUUCACUUAUUACCUGCCAUGGAGUAACUGUUGAAUAAAUGUUUGACAUUUUAGCCUCCUGCUUCUCAUGGCCAUUCCUCUGCCUCUGCUAUUUCUGAUAACUAUCCCCAUAUAUAAGUAAAGAAAUUUAAAACUGUUACAAGGAGAACAUGCAUAAUAUCGUACCACAAACCCCAUAAAGCUGUAUUUUCCUUUGUCCCUCUUGCUAAAAUAGAGGAAGUAUCUCUCCUGAUUUCUCCACUUGCAAUGGACAGAUGCUCCCAGCUUCUCAGGGACAUCUUUACAUUUACUUCCUAUAGCGUCUCCCACAUCCUCCUGCAACUGUCUCCUGCCUCUCUUCUCCCCUUCACUGUCCAGCUUCCUGAGGUACAUGCGUCACCACUGCCUUUGCUCAUCAUACUUUUAUUUAAUUGUGAAAAUAUCAUACAUUCAAGGAGUCUAAACGGUUUAAAGAAUAAUAAUGAAAUGAACUCAAAUAUACUCACUAGAUAGACUAAAAAACAGUAUUUUGCGAGUACUUUAGAAUGUUCCUGUGUACCUCUUCUGUUCCCUUUCCCUCCAUCCCUGACAUAAAUGAUCAUGAUCUCAAAUUUGAUAGUAGUCAUUCUGCUUUUCUUUGUAGUUUUGCCACCUCCCGUACUUCAUUGAACCUAAGCCCCCAACAAUUAGGAGAUGCAUUAUUUCAUGUCUAAGAAAGAAAACAUCCUGUUAAAUGUAAUUGCAAGACACCACUGAUUAUAAGCCACAUCCCAUUUUUAGAGACAUUAAAAUGUUAAAAAAUGUGUUUUAGAAUGAACAAAAUAUGACUUACAUAUAUCCCACUGUCUUUUUAAUGUGCCUGUUUCUGAGCUUUAUAUGAAUGGAAUCGUGCUGUAUGGUCUUCUGUGAUUUGCUUAUGCCCACAGUAUGCUUUUGAAACUCUCCCAUGUGAUUGCAGGUGACAGUGGUAUGUUCCUUUUCACUGAUGUAUAAUAUUCCACUGUAAGAUUAUGUCACUUUAUGUUUCUGUACUUGAACAUUGGGGUUGUUUCCAGUUUUAGUGAUUUGUACUGUUGUCAUACAUGCCUUCUAAUGCAAAUCAGUUUUAGUGAUUUGCACAUUCUUAUGCAUUACUUCUAAUGCACUCAAGUCUUUUAAGGGAAUGUACACGAGUGAAAUUACAGAUUUAAAGAAUAUUUUAAGAAUAUAUGUAUGUUUACAUUUACAAGGUCAUGUCAACAUAUUUUCUGAAGUGGUAACAUCAUCUAAAUUCUCCAUUUUAGUGAAGGUGAAUUUUCAGUGGCUUUCUCCAUUAUAAUGGAGCACAUUUUGUGUCUUUUUAAGAAAUCCAUCCCAUUUUUAAUGUCAUAGAGAUACACUCCUAUAUUGCUGUCUAAAAUUGGAUAGUUCUACCUUUCACCAGAGUUAAGAAGUGCUCUCUGUUUUUUUUCUAUUCAAAUAAAAUCGAGAUAAUCCCAUUGUUUGCAAGUUUGGUAAAACAUCCAAAAAGCUGACUGGGCCUUGUGUUGUGUUUGUCAGAAGAUUUUAAACUAUUAUUCAUUUUCUUCUGGGGAUAAAGGUUAUUUAGGUUUUCUAUUUCUUCUUGAACAGGUAUUAAUUUGUAUUUUAUCAGAAUUUAUCCAUUUCAUCUGUUUUCAAAUGUAGCAAAACAUUAUUCAUAAUAUUUUAUUGUUAGCAAUUUAAAUUCUGAUGCAUCUUUGCCCAUCUUUUUGAUAAAUCUGUUAGAGACUUAUCAAAGAAUCAAUUGUUAGUUUUGUUGAUCUUAUCUAUUGUGUAUUUGCUUUCUGUUUCAUUAACUUCUGUUUAUAUCUUUCCCUCUACUUUCUUUAGCUCUAUUCUGAUGGUUUUUUUUAUAUAACUUUUUAAGAGCUUAGCUCAGAAAUCCUGUUAUUUUCUUUUCUAAGUAUAUAAAUUUCCUGUUAAUAUAAUUUUAAUGGAAUUGCACAGGUUUUGGUAUAUUGUAUUUUCAUCUUUGAGUUCUAUUUAGUUUUAAAUUUCUACCCAUUAAAUGCUUAGUUCUUAAAAAGUAAUAUUUUCAAAUA